GGAUACGUAGGAGAGAAUAAACUGAAGACCAAGAAGAAUAGUUACUUGAUGAGGAUGGUGCUGGAGAAGGGCUCCAUGGACCUGUUGCUGGUCCCUUGUGGGCUGGCGGUCAUUGCCGGCUACCACCUCUUCCUCCUCUACCGGAUCCUUCGCCACCCGCACACCACCGCCAUCGGUUACGAGAACCACAACAAGCUCGCCUGGGUCCAGCGUAUGGUGCUGCAGAAGCCAGCGCCGGAGGAGACGGCCCUGGCGCUGAGCGUGAUCUCCGACAGCAUCUCGGCGUCCACGACGCUGGCGUCGCUGUGCAUCGCGCUGGGCUCGCUGAUCGGCGCCUGGGUGAGCAGCGGCGGCAGCAGCACGCACGAGGCGCCGGCGCUCACGGCCAGCCAGCCGACGACGCUCAAGCUGACGUCGCUCCUGGCGUGCUUCCUCGCCUCCUUCGCCUGCUUCAUCCAGUCCGCGGGGCACUACGUGCACGCCAGCUUCCUGGUGAGCGCUCUGGGCCUCGGGUCGGGCGCGCCGGCGGGCCACGCGCAGCGCGCCGUGAUCCGGGGCGGCAACUUCUGGGCGCUGGGGCUCCGGGCGCUCUACUUCGCCACGGCCUUGCUCAUGUGGCUCUUCGGCCCGGUGCCCAUGCUCGCCUGCUCCGUGCUCACCGUCGUCGUGCUCCACCUGCUAGACUCCAGCUCCAUGCCGAUACAUCACCACCGGUUCCACGCCCGGGUCGAGACCGACCGGCGCUCAGUAACGCCGGCUGUCGCAGGUGACGCAGAACAUUAAUUUCUCCUGCAUGAUCUGCUCUCUGAGUUGAUGGAGAUCAACAAGAGUCCACGUCAAGAUUGCCUGGACUUCAGAAAAAUGCUGACAGUAUUAGCUUCUCCGGUUCAAAUGUUACUUAAGUCAGACAAAAACCCAAAGAAUGUAACUAAGCUAGUGACAACCUCAGUAAGAUCAUGGUGCAAAGCAUUCCCUGCACCAGCCUGUUCUGUUAGAUUGGGGCAUGCUGUCUCCUCGUCAACCGUAUUCCACUGUCAGCAACCCUGGCGAUAUGGACCAGGAGGAAGCAGAGGCCCAGGAGGCAAGCAGGCUGAGGCCCAGGAGUAAGAGGAACAAGAAGAUUCCAGCUUGGCUCGCCAGCGAUGAGUGGGCCCAUUGAGGCCUUGUAACCAUUUUCUAUUUAGCUAGGAAACUUCGGCUCUGUAACUUGGCUUUGGAAUUGUAGAACAGAUGGAACCGCUGUGUGGGUGGUUGGGAGGAACGGCUGACCCAAGCCAAAACAAUUCGCUUGAUUUCCUA